UUUUAAAUCACUUUUUCUCCUAAAAAAUAUCAUCCUUAAUAUAUGGAGAAUCAAACUAAGAUCCGUGUAAUAUUUGUUACAAAAGAUAAGGAAAUUGAGGUUGAAAAUACACCUAUUUUUGUCCCUCUUUCAUUGAGCCGCUAUGGCUUAAAUGAAGUAGUCAAUCAUCUGCUAGAAAAAGAACCACCAUUAAACUUUGCGUUUUUAAUUGAUGGAGAGUUUUUGCAGGGCUCAUUAGGAGAAUAUUUGGCAAGAAAGGAACGAACAUGUGAAACAACUCUAUCUAUAGAAUAUCUACGCUGUAUAUUGGAGCCUAAAUAUGCGUUAUCAUUUGUACAUAGUGAUUGGGUUUCAAGUGUUAAAUCAGCAGAAUCAGAGGAAAUAGUUUCAGGAUGCUAUGAUGGAGUAGCUAGAAUAUGGAAUGAUAAAGGAGAAGUUAUUACAGAGACGUCUGUACAUGAAGGGCCGGUUAAAUCAGUUUGUUGGGUUGAAAAAGGACGAUUUGCUACAUCAAGUAUGGAUCAAAGAAUUAAAAUAUGGGAAUAUAAGAAAAAAAAGAGUGGAAAAGUAAUAUGUCGGUGUAUUAUUGAAAUGAAAGGACAUGAUAUGUCAGUUGAAUCAAUUGCGGUUAAUUUUGAAACAAAACGACUAUUAAGUUCAGGAGCAGAUGGGAAUAUUGGGAUAUGGGACAUUGAAGAAGGAGAGAAUGUAAUAGAUGAAGAGAAAAUGAAUAAAAAGAGAAGAAUAAAUGAAUCUAAGAAUAGAAUUGUGACAAAAAAGCCUAUUUGUAUGAUAGAAGGACAUUCGUCGUCAUCAUCAGAAAUUAUUUUUGAUAGUAAAGAUAGUACAGUAGGAUAUUCUGUUGGGACAGAUCGUUGUAUUAAAACAUGGGAUUUAAUUACAUUUUCCAAUGUAGAUACUAGGGUAACACAACAAGCUUUACUUUGUAUAUGUUCUAUACCUUCAUUGUCAUUAUUAGCAUGUGGAUCAUCAUCUCAACAUAUACUUCUUCAUGAUCCAAGAAUUUCUUUAAAAUCUACACCUGUACAAACAUUGAAAGGACAUAAGAAUUUUGUAGUAUCAUUAUCACCAUGUGAUAGAAAUAAUUAUGCUCUUAUAAGUGGUAGUUAUGAUAGUUUAGUUAAAAUAUGGGAUAUACGAGCACCUAAUGGAAGUUUAUAUUCAAUUGCACGUAAAAGUGAAAAAAAUGAUACAAAAGUAUUUAGUAUUGAUUGGAGUAAUGCUUUUGGUAUUAUAAGUGGUGGAGAAGACCAUUGCCUACAAAUUGAUCAAAUAAAUGAUUUAUAAUAUUUUCUAAAAAAAAUAAUAAAAUUAUUAUAAUAAUGAUUUAAAA